AUAAAAGGCGUCUCAAUCCUGUGGCUUCCAAUCAUUUCUUCGUGUACAGACUCCCCGAGCUGGAUCCUUGCGUCUCUCUUUCUUUCUCUAGCUGCCUUUUUCUUGAUCAAAAUCUCUGUUAAAAAGGCAAUGAUGAGCAACGAAGAAGAGAAGAGGUGUCCACUUUGUGCAGAGGAGAUGGAUUGGACGGAUCAGCAACUUAAGCCUUGCAAAUGUGGUUAUCAGGUGUGUGUUUGGUGUUGGCAUCACAUCAUAGACAUGGCAGAAAAGAAUGAGACAGAGGGGCGAUGUCCUGCUUGCCGGGCAAUCUAUGAGAAGGAAAAAAUUGUGACAAUGCAAGCAAGUUGUGAAAGGACGGGGAAUAAAUUUGCAAGUCGGAAAAACAAGCCUCCAAAAGGCAAGCCAAAGAUUAAUGAAGUAAAGAAGGAUCUUACAAAUGUUAGAGUGAUUCAACGGAAAAUGGCUUAUGUGAUUGGGUUACCACUUAGUCUUGCCGAUGAAGAUCUAUUACUGCGGAAGGAGUAUUUUGGUCAGUAUGGAAAAAUUACUAAAAUCUCUCUCUCCCGGAAUGCUAGUGGGGCCAUUCAGCAAUUUAUCAAUGACACUUGUAGCGUAUACAUAACAUAUUCGAAAGAGGAGGAGGCCUUGCGGUGUAUUCAAUCAGUGCACGGUUUUGUCCUUGAAGGUAGGGAUUUGAGAGCAUCAUUUGGAACUGCAAAAUAUUGUCAUGCUUGGCUGAAAAACACGCCUUGCAAUAAUCCUUCCUGUCUAUAUUUGCAUAGUAUUGGGGAUGAAAAAGAUAGUUUUGGAAAAGAUGAGGUUGCUGCAGUUCAUACAAGGAGUAGAGUCCAACAAAUAGUUGGUGCUGCAAAUAAUCAGCUAAGACGCUCUGGCAGUGUGUUGCCAUCUCCAGUGGACUGCAAUAGUAGCAGCGCUGACACAGAUGACACAUCUAAUGGCAGAAGUGCCAUGAUAGAUGCAACUCUUGGGUCUGCAAAUAGAAACGGUGACAUAGCAUGCACAUUUCCUUUUAAGUACAAGGAAGGUGUUCCAGCACCCAACAAAAUGACAACUUUUGUAGAUAUUGUUGGACAGUCUAAUUUUUCUUGUCCAGUAGAAGAUGAAAUUAUCAAUGAAGAUGGGAACUUGUGCUCCAAAUUUUCUUCAGUAACUAUAAAUGGGGAUGUACAUGCAGGAAUUCCAUAUUCUGUUGCUAAGACAUCCGAAGUUUCAUCUAAUCACCUGGGCAUUGGAUUGUGCUGGGAGCAACAGUUUAAAGAUAUUCCAGAUGAACCAUUUACAGAAGGUUCCCUGUUAUAUGAGAAUCAAGGAUCUAAGGAUUCUUCUUCUUCAAGUCAGAGGGAUUGUUCUCUCCAACAACCUUAUCCUGCAAGCAUUUCAGUGGAUUUGUGCAGUCCUACUUUGUUGCAUAAGAAGUCUCAUACUUUGAGUGAUGUUUUUGCAGAUCAUAAUGUUGUAAACAGUUACGAGGAUGAAGCUUCUUUACCGUUCAGAUGUGUAAAUUCGGUGUUAAAUGAUGAAUGUAAUGAGAUGAAGUUCCGAAAUUUUGCCAAAUCAGAUAGAAUUUAUAGAAGUUCUAGCUCAUUUUCCAAUGAAGAAAUUGUGGAGCACUUGCGAAGAAUUGAUGACGAUAACUUGACCAAUAUCAAGGAAAGCUCUGCUUUAGAUGCUGUUGAGAGCAGUAUAAUUUCAAAUAUUAUGUCAAUGGAUUUUGAUUCAUGUGAUGAUUCAUUGAGAUUGCCUAGUGGUUCUUCUGAGUCGCUUGUUGAAACUGAUGGUCUGCGUGGUUCUUCCUGGAAUUCCCUUAAUGGCAUUCAAUCAGGGUUCUCAUUUCCAGAACAGGCAAAUCAAGUGGUUGGAGCUGUCCUCCCUGAUUUUAGGGAUAAAAAGGAGCAGUACUUGUGCAAGCCUCAGUAUCGAGCUACUAGGCCUCAAGGUUUGGCUCCACCUGGGUUUUCAGUGCCCUCCAGGGAUCCGCCUCCUGGGUUUUCUUCAUGUGAGAGAAUAGGCUCCUUGCCCCGUGCCCCAUCUGGUCUCUCUCUCUCUCUCUCU